AGGGUCUACUGCAGGAUCAGACCUUUCCUUUCUGGUCAAAGCAGAAAACUAACAACCAUAGACUAUAUUGGUGAAAAUGGUGAGCUUCUUGUUGUGAAUCCAUCCAAACAUGGAAAAGAUGCUCAUCGGAUGUUCAAGUUCAACAAGGUCUUCAGUCCAACUGCUACUCAAGAGGAAGUGUUCUUGGAUACUCAGCCUUUGAUACGAUCAGUUCUGGAUGGUUACAAUGUCUGCAUUUUUGCAUAUGGUCAAACUGGGUCUGGAAAAACCUACACAAUGAGUGGCCCAAGUACAUCUUCAAAGGCCGAUUGGGGGGUGAACUAUCGAGCUUUGAAUGAUCUAUUUCAUUUAUCUCGAAAUAGAAAAGGCACUUAUAUGUAUGAAGUUGGUGUCCAGAUGGUUGAAAUUUAUAAUGAGCAAGUGCGUGAUCUCCUUGCAAGUGAUGGUUCUCAAAGAAAACUUGGGAUUUGGAGUAUAUCUCAACCCAAUGGACUUGCUGUCCCUGAUGCAAGUAUGCUUCCAGUCAAAUCAACCCAAGAUGUGUUGGAAUUAAUGCAAAUAGGACAAGCAAACCGGGCUGUGGGAGCUACAGCUCUCAAUGAAAGGAGUAGCAGAUCUCAUAGUGUACUGACAGUUCAUGUCCGAGGUGUGGAUUUGAAGACAGAAGCUACUCUCCGUGGUUCUCUUCAUCUGGUAGACCUUGCUGGCAGUGAACGAGUGGAUCGUUCUGAAGCGACUGGAGACAGGCUUAAGGAAGCACAACACAUAAACAAAUCUUUAUCUGCUCUUGGAGAUGUCAUAUCUGCCCUAGCACAGAAAAGCAAUCAUGUACCAUACAGGAAUAGCAAACUUACUCAAGUUCUCCAGAGUUCAUUGGGUGGACAGGCAAAGACUCUCAUGUUUGUGCAGAUAAAUCCAGAUGUAGAAUCCUUUUCAGAGACUAUUAGUACCUUGAAGUUUGCUGAAAGGGUCUCUGGUGUUGAGUUAGGCGCUGCCCGGAGCAGCAAGGAAGGCAAAGACGUCAGAGAACUGAUGGAACAGGUGGCAUCCCUUAAAGAGACAAUUGCCCGGAAAGAUGAAGAAAUUGAACAGUUGCAAGAGCUCAAAGACAUUGGAGCUCAAAGGCAUGGUAACAAUUUAUUGAGGCAGUCAUCCUCCACUCCUGGCUUUCAAUCUCUAGUGGCCACCCAACCAGGUCGGCGGUUAUCAGGAGUGGGGAUGACCAAUACUACAAAUAAGAUUCUUUUAGAUCCCGAGUGCUCAGAUUACAGUGAUAGGCAUUCUGACCCUGGCUCACAUCAGUCUAUGGAUGAUUUGAAACCGCAUAAUGAAAAUUUGGAACAGAUAAAACUUGUCAGAGAGGAUGCCCGUCCAGCCUUUCCUGCAGAUGAUGAGCUUUUGCGAUUUGGUGAUGCUGACUCAGAGGAAAGGUUAAGUGACAUAUCAGAUAGUGUUCUUUCUAUGGGAACAGAAACGGAUGGUUCAAUCAGUAGUGUUGUUGAGUUUACCCUUUUUCCUGAAUCUAACAAGCAACCUCAGAUCAAAACUGAGAAAAUCACUAAAGUUCAGUCUCGAAUACCAAAGCCUCUCCAGCAAAAGAAAGGGCCAACACCAUCAGUCCGGCCGAAAUUGAACAAUCCUCUGAAGUCUCCAAGCAUAAGAAAAGGAGCAACUACCCAAGCAUCAACUUCUGCAGGAAAGUCUCUAAAACGCUGGCAGUAGAGCACACAUUUGUCCGGUGAUUUUUUUUUGGCCUCACAACUAUUUGUCAGUGAUCCUAGACUCUAAUUAAGUGUGAUCAUGUUGUGUUUGUAGCCAGCUCGCUAACUCCACAACGACAGUUGAAAUCAUCUAUUAGUGAAUGUUUGAUAUUGAAAUUGUCAGUUGGAGAGAUUUCAACAUUGAACCAGGUUAUCAGUCUGCAGGUUGGUGCAUCAUGCGCUUCAAGUUGUGGCUACCUCAACUCUGUGUUAAUGAUAUGGAGAAGAGUAAGUUCUGGGGUGAGUGAUUUGUGUGUUUAUAUAUGGAUUGAAGUUACAGUGGCAUUGCGCUUUCUCUCUCUCU